CGUGUGGGGAGGCGGUGGGUGAUGGCGAGGCAGCCACUGUGGUGGGGUCUCAGGGGGCCGACGACCCCGCUACUCCUGCUGCUUCUCCUCCUCUCUUUGUUCCCUCUCAGCCAGGAAGAGCUGGGGGACGGCGGGGGCCAAGGCUGGGACCCGGGGAUAGCUGCCGCUACGGGGCGAGGGGCACGGAUCGGCGGCGGAGCCUUAGCUCUUUGUCCCGAGACGUCCGAGAUCCAGGAGGAUGGAGAACCUGGCCUGGGAGUCAGGGAACCUGUCUUCGUGGGGCUCCGAGGGGGAAGGCAAAUCGCCCAGAGUGGUCGAGGACCCCCUGAGCAGCCCGGCUUGGGACUGAGGGGGGAAUAUGGGGCCCAGGCAUUAGGCAGCCGCGGGCAAGAGACAGGACAGGGACCAGGGUCUCCGUUAUGCUGGCGCCCAGAGGUCUCCUCUUGCGGGAGGACAGGACCCUUGCGAAGAGAUAGUCUGUCGCCAGAGGCUCUGUCCCCAGGGGUCCCGGGCCCCGAGAAGAGCUCGCCCUUCCCUUCGGACCUUCUGGUUCCGCCCCGUGGUUCCAAGUCGGUGUCCUCCCAGAGGAAUGCUGGGAGAAGCGCUCCCCCAAAAGUGGGAACUAUGCGCUGCUGUGGGGAAUUGUGGGGAUCAGGACGCAGGGGUCAGGGCGAGAGAACGACGACAUCCCGAGAGGAGAGGAUAGUCCCCCUGCCGGACUGUCCUCCCGGGGCUGCAGGAUCUGGCCCCGAGCUGGUUUCAGCACCGCUCACGGCGAGGACAGUUCCCGAGUCUGGUUCAGCACCGCGCGAGUCCCGGACAGCUCCCGAGCCAACACCCGAGCGCAUGCGCUCCCGCGGUCUCUUCCGCCACCGCUUCCUCCCACAGCGCCCGGCGCCGCGCCCCCCGGAGGUCCCGGCCCGGCCAGGAGCCUGGAAAACACUCCCAGCCAGCCGGGUGCGCCCCCGCCGCGCCGCGAACCGCCACCCGCAGUUUCCGCAGUACAACUACCAGGCGCUAGUGCCCGAGAACGAGGCGGCGGGCACCUCGGUGCUACGCGUAGUGGCGCAGGACCCGGACGCGGGCGAGGCUGGGCGCCUAGCCUACUCGUUGGCUGCUCUCAUGAACAGCCGCUCGCUGGAGCUGUUCAGCAUCGACCCGCAGAGCGGCCUCAUCCGCACGGAGGCCGCUCUGGACCGCGAGAGCAUGGAACGCCACUACCUGCGCGUGACGGCGCAGGACCACGGCUCGCCGCGCCUCUCGGCCACCACCAUGGUGGCCGUUACAGUAGCCGACCGGAACGACCACGCGCCGGUGUUUGAGCAGGCGCAAUACCGGGAGACACUUCGCGAGAACGUGGAAGAGGGCUAUCCCAUCCUGCAGUUGCGUGCCACAGACGGCGACGCGCCCCCCAACGCCAACCUGCGUUACCGCUUCGUGGGGCCUCCAGCUGCGCGCGCUGCAGCUGCCGCCGCAUUCGAGAUUGAUCCGCGUUCGGGCCUCAUCAGCACCAGCGGUCGCGUGGACCGCGAGCACAUGGAAAGCUACGAGCUGGUGGUGGAGGCCAGCGAUCAGGGCCAAGAGCCUGGGCCGCGCUCUGCCACCGUGCGUGUGCACAUAACCGUGCUGGACGAAAAUGACAACGCGCCCCAGUUCAGCGAGAAGCGCUAUGUGGCGCAGGUGCGCGAGGAUGUGCGCCCCCAUACGGUGGUGCUACGAGUCAGAGCCACCGACCGGGACAAGGACGCCAAUGGACUGGUGCACUACAAUAUCAUCAGCGGCAACAGCCGUGGCCACUUCACCAUCGACAGCCUCACAGGCGAGAUCCAGGUGGUGGCACCUUUGGACUUUGAGGCAGAGCGAGAGUACGCCUUGCGUAUCCGGGCGCAGGAUGCAGGCCGGCCACCGCUGUCCAACAACACGGGUCUGGCUAGCAUCCAGGUGGUGGACAUCAAUGACCAUACUCCUAUCUUUGUCAGCACACCCUUCCAGGUUUCUGUCCUGGAAAAUGCGCCCCUGGGCCACUCGGUCAUCCACAUUCAGGCAGUGGAUGCAGACCUUGGGGAGAAUGCCAGAUUGGAGUACUCCCUAACUGGUGUGGCACCUGAUACACCCUUUGUGAUAAACAGUGCCACUGGUUGGGUCUCUGUGAGUGGUCCCCUGGACCGUGAGUCUGUGGAGCAUUACUUCUUUGGUGUGGAGGCCCGAGACCAUGGCUCACCCCCACUCUCAGCCUCAGCCAGUGUCACAGUGACUGUGCUGGAUGUUAAUGACAAUCGGCCUGAGUUUACGAUGAAGGAGUACCAUCUACGGCUGAAUGAGGAUGCAGCUGUGGGCACCAGUGUGGUCAGCGUGACUGCUGUAGACCGUGAUGCCAACAGUGCCAUCAGCUACCAGAUCACAGGUGGCAACACUCGGAAUCGCUUUGCCAUAAGCACCCAGGGGGGUGUAGGUCUGGUGACACUGGCUCUGCCACUGGACUACAAGCAGGAACGCUACUUCAAGCUGGUGCUGACUGCAUCUGACCGUGCCCUUCAUGAUCACUGCUAUGUGCAUAUUAACAUAACAGAUGCCAACACUCACCGGCCUGUCUUUCAAAGUGCCCACUACUCAGUGAGUGUGAAUGAGGAUUGGCCAGUGGGUAGCACCGUGGUGGUCAUCAGUGCCUCUGAUGAUGAUGUGGGUGAGAAUGCUCGUAUCACCUAUCUCCUGGAGGACAACCUGCCCCAGUUCCGCAUUGAUGCAGACUCAGGGGCCAUUACACUACAGGCCCCACUGGACUAUGAGGACCAGGUGACCUACACACUGGCUAUUACAGCUCGGGACAAUGGCAUCCCACAGAAGGCAGACACCACUUAUGUGGAAGUGAUGGUCAAUGAUGUGAAUGAUAAUGCUCCGCAGUUUGUGGCCUCCCACUACACGGGGUUGGUCUCUGAGGAUGCCCCACCUUUCACCAGUGUCCUGCAGAUCUCAGCCACUGACCGGGAUGCUCAUGCCAAUGGCCGGGUCCAGUACACUUUCCAGAAUGGGGAAGAUGGGGAUGGAGACUUUACCAUUGAGCCCACCUCUGGCAUUGUCCGCACGGUGAGGCGGCUGGAUCGGGAGGCAGUGCCAGUGUAUGAACUGACUGCCUAUGCAGUGGACCGAGGUGUGCCCCCGUUGCGGACUCCAGUCAGCAUCCAGGUGACGGUGCAGGAUGUGAAUGACAAUGCACCUGUCUUCCCUGCUGAGGAGUUUGAAGUGCGAGUGAAGGAGAACAGCAUUGUGGGCUCGGUGGUGGCCCAGAUCACUGCGGUGGACCCCGACGAAGGCCCCAAUGCCCAUAUAAUGUACCAGAUCGUGGAGGGGAACAUCCCUGAGCUGUUCCAAAUGGACAUCUUCUCUGGAGAGUUGACGGCACUCAUUGACCUGGACUACGAGGCUCACCAGGAAUAUGUGAUUGUGGUGCAGGCCACAUCUGCCCCUCUGGUCAGUCGGGCCACUGUGCACGUCUGCCUAGUUGACCAGAAUGACAACAGCCCUGUGCUCAACAACUUCCAGAUCCUCUUCAACAACUAUGUAUCCAACCGCUCAGACACCUUCCCUUCAGGCAUCAUUGGACGCAUCCCAGCUUAUGACCCAGAUGUCUCUGACCAUCUCUUCUACUCCUUUGAGCGGGGCAAUGAGCUACAGCUGCUGGUGGUCAAUCAGACCAGUGGGGAGCUUCGACUCAGCCGCAAGCUAGACAACAACCGCCCACUGGUGGCCUCCAUGUUGGUGACUGUCACAGAUGGGCUGCACAGCGUCACUGCUCAGUGUGUGCUGCGCGUGGUCAUCAUCACCGAGGAGUUGCUGGCCAACAGCCUGACCGUGCGUCUCGAGAACAUGUGGCAGGAACGCUUCCUGUCGCCGCUUUUGGGCCACUUCCUGGAAGGCGUGGCCGCAGUACUUGCCACACCUGCCGAGGACGUCUUCAUCUUCAACAUCCAGAACGACACGGACGUGGGGGGCACCGUGCUCAAUGUGAGCUUCUCGGCUCUGGCGCCGCGCGGGGCAGGGACUGGCGCUGCGGGUCCCUGGUUCAGCUCCGAGGAGCUGCAGGAGCAGCUGUACGUGCGCCGCGCAGCGCUUGCUGCCCGCUCACUUUUGGAUGUGCUGCCCUUCGACGACAACGUGUGCCUGCGCGAACCCUGCGAAAACUACAUGAAGUGCGUGUCGGUGCUGCGCUUUGACUCGUCUGCGCCCUUCCUGGCCUCGGCCUCCACGCUCUUCAGACCCAUUCAGCCCAUUGCAGGCCUGCGCUGCCGCUGCCCGCCCGGCUUCACGGGAGACUUCUGCGAGACCGAGCUCGACCUCUGCUACUCCAACCCUUGCCGCAAUGGCGGCGCCUGCGCGCGGCGCGAGGGUGGCUACACCUGCGUCUGCCGCCCGCGCUUCACCGGAGAAGACUGUGAGCUGGACACCGAGGCCGGACACUGCGUGCCCGGCGUCUGCCGCAACGGGGGCAUCUGUGCGGAUGGGCCCGACGGCGGCUUCCGCUGCCAGUGCCCAACGGGCGGCGCCUUCGAGGGCCCGCUCUGCGAGGUGGCGGCGCGCUCCUUCCCGCCCAGGUCGUUCGUCAUGUUCCGAGGCCUGCGGCAGCGCUUCCACCUCACGCUGUCCAUCUCGUUCGCAACGGUGCAGCCAAGUGGGCUACUUUUCUACAAUGGGCGCCUGAACGAGAAGCAUGACUUCUUGGCCCUGGAGCUCGUGGCGGGGCAAGUGCGGCUCACAUAUUCCACAGGUGAAUCCAACACCGUGGUCAGCCCCACAGUUCCAGGGGGCCUGAGUGAUGGGCAGUGGCACACUGUGCAUCUGAGAUACUACAACAAGCCCCGGACAGAUGCCCUGGGGGGUGCUCAGGGCCCCUCCAAGGACAAGGUGGCUGUGCUGAGCGUGGAUGACUGCAACGUGGCCGUGGCUCUUCAGUUUGGUGCUGAGAUUGGCAACUACUCGUGUGCGGCUGCUGGCAUGCAAACAAGCUCCAAGAAGUCCCUGGACCUGACAGGCCCUCUGCUCCUGGGGGGUGUCCCCAACCUCCCCGAGAACUUCCCCGUGUCCCACAAGGACUUCGUUGGCUGCAUGCGGGACCUGCACAUUGAUGGCCGCCGAGUGGACAUGGCGGCUUUCGUCGCCAACAAUGGCACCACGGCAGGCUGCCAGGCCAAGCUGCACUUUUGCGACUCAGGCCCCUGUAAGAACAGUGGCUUCUGCUCAGAGCGCUGGGGUGGCUUCAGCUGUGACUGCCCCGUGGGCUUCGGUGGCAAAGACUGUCGGCUCACCAUGGCCCAUCCCCACCAUUUCCAUGGCAACGGCACACUGAGCUGGGACUUUGGAAAUGACAUGGCUGUGUCUGUGCCGUGGUACCUCGGGCUGGCAUUUCGGACACAGGCGACACGGGGCAUCCUGAUGCAAGUGCAGGCUGGGCCACACAGCACGCUCCUCUGUCAGCUGGAGCAGGGGUUGCUAUCUGUGAUGGUGACCAGGGGCUCGGGCCAUGCUGCCCACCUACUCCUGGACCAGGUGACUGUCAGUGACGGCCGGUGGCACGAUCUGCGGCUGGAGUUGCAAGAGGAGCCAGGUGGCCGGCGGGGCCACCAUGUCCUCAUGGUCUCACUGGACUUUAAUCUCUUCCAGGACACCAUGGCGGUGGGGAGUGAGCUGCAAGGCCUGAAGGUAAAGCGACUCCAUGUGGGAGGCCUGCCCCUCAGCAGUGAAGAGGAGAGUCCUCAGGGUCUGGUUGGCUGUAUCCAGGGGGUAUGGCUCGGCUCCACGCCUUUGGGGUCCCCGGCCCUGCUUCCCCCCAGCCACCGAGUGAAUGUGGAACCUGGCUGUGUCGUGACCAAUGCCUGUGCAUCUGGGCCCUGCCCACCCCAUGCUGACUGCCAAGAUCUCUGGCAGACCUUCUCCUGCACCUGCUGGCCAGGUUACUAUGGCCCAGGCUGUGUGGACGCCUGCCUCUUGAACCCCUGUCAGAACCAGGGGUCAUGCCGGCACCUCCUAGAAGCCCCCCAUGGCUAUACCUGUGACUGUGCAGUUGGCUAUUUCGGGCACCACUGUGAGCAUAGGAUGGACCAGCAGUGCCCGCGGGGCUGGUGGGGGAGCCCAACCUGUGGCCCCUGUAACUGCGACGUUCACAAGGGCUUUGACCCCAACUGCAACAAGACAAAUGGGCAGUGUCACUGCAAGGAGUUCCACUACCGACCUCGGGGCAGCGACUCAUGCCUCCCAUGUGACUGCUACCCUGUGGGCUCCACCUCACGUUCCUGUGCACCCCACAGCGGGCAGUGCCCCUGUCGCCCAGGAGCCCUUGGCCGCCAGUGCAACAGCUGUGAUAGUCCUUUUGCAGAGGUGACAGCCAGCGGCUGCCGGGUGCUCUAUGAUGCCUGCCCCAAGUCCCUAAGAUCUGGUGUGUGGUGGCCCCAGACCAAGUUUGGUGUCUUGGCCUCAGUGCCCUGUCCUCGGGGGGCCCUGGGUGCUGCUGUGCGGCUAUGUGACGAGGACCAGGGUUGGCUGGAGCCUGACCUUUUCAACUGUACCUCCCCUGCCUUUCGAGACCUCAGUCUGCUGCUGGAUGGCCUAGAGCUGAACAAGACAGCACUAGAUACAGUGGAGGCCAAGAAGCUGGCUCAGAGGCUGCGGGAGGUGACCGUCCACACUGACCACUACUUUAGCCAAGAUAUCCGAGUCACUGCCCGCUUGCUGGCCCAUCUGUUGGCCUUUGAGAGCCACCAGCAGGGCUUUGGGCUGACAGCCACACAGGACGCCCACUUCAAUGAGAAUCUGCUGUGGGCCGGCUCUGCACUGCUUGCUCCAGAGACUGGGGACUUGUGGGCAUCACUGGGGCAGCGGGCCCCCGGGGGAUCCCCAGGCAGUGCAGGGCUGGUGCAGCAUCUGGAGGAAUAUGUGGCCACGCUCGCAAGGAAUAUGGAACUCACAUACCUGAAUCCCGUGGGGCUAGUGACACCCAACAUCAUGCUCAGCAUCGACCGUAUGGAGCACCCCAGCCCGACCCGGGGAACCCGUCGCUACCCUCGUUACCACAGCAACCUUUUCCGGGGCCAGGAUGCCUGGGAUCCUCAAACCCACGUGCUGCUGCCUUCCCAGGCCCCACGGCUGUCCCCACCUGAAGUUCUGUCCACAAGCAGCAGCAGCAUGGAAAACUCCACCACCUCAAGUGUGGCUCCCCCACUGGCGCCCCCAGAGACUGAGCCUGAGCCUGGGAUCUCCAUUGUCAUCCUCCUUGUUUACCGCACCUUGGGGGAGCUGCUCCCUGCCCAGUUCCAGGCCGAGCGCCGUGGCGCCAGGCUUCCCCAGAACCCAGUUAUGAACUCUCCGGUGGUCAGCGUGGCUGUGUUCCAUGGACGCAGCUUCCUAAGGGGCAUCCUGGAAUCCCCGAUCAGCCUUGAGUUCCGCCUGCUACAGACGGCAAAUCGGAGCAAGGCGAUCUGCAUGCAGUGGGACCCGCCUGGCCCGGUUGACCAGCACGGCAUGUGGAUAGCACGGGACUGCGAGCUGGUGCACAGGAAUGGCUCCCACGCACGGUGUCGCUGCAGCCGGACAGGCACCUUUGGGGUCCUCAUGGAUGCCUCCCCCCGUGAGCGGCUAGAGGGCGACCUGGAGCUGCUGGCUGUGUUCACCCACGUGGUCGUGGCAGUGUCUGUGGCCGCGCUGCUGCUGACUGCGGCUGUCCUGCUGAGCCUCCGCAGCCUCAAGUCCAACAUGCGUGGGAUCCAUGCCAAUGUGGCGGCCGCCCUGGGGGUGGCAGAACUCCUCUUCCUGCUGGGGAUCCAUAGGACCCAAAACCAGCUGAUGUGCACUGCAGUCGCCAUCCUCCUGCACUACUUCUUCCUCAGCACCUUCACGUGGCUCCUUGUGCAGGGGCUGCACCUCUACCGCAUGCAGGUUGAGCCCCGCAAUGUGGACCGUGGCGCCAUGCGCUUCUACCAUGCCCUGGGCUGGGGCGUCCCUGCUGUGCUGCUGGGGCUUGCUGUAGGCCUGGAUCCCGAUGGCUAUGGGAACCCUGACUUCUGCUGGAUCUCGGUCCAUGAACCUCUCAUCUGGAGCUUCGCAGGCCCUGUCGUCCUUGUCAUUGUGAUGAACGGGACCAUGUGUCUCCUCGCUGCCCGCACAUCCUGCUCCACCGGGCAGAGGGAGGCCAAGAAGACGUCUGUGCUGACCCUUCGCAGCUCCUUUCUGCUCCUUCUACUGAUCAGUGCCUCCUGGCUCUUUGGCCUUCUGGCAAUCAACCACAGCAUCCUGGCCUUCCACUACCUCCAUGCCGGCCUGUGUGGGCUCCAGGGCCUGGCGGUGCUGCUGCUCUUCUGUGUCCUGAAUGCAGAUGCUCGGGCUGCCUGGACACCAGCCUGUCUGGGCAGGAAGGCAGCGCCUGAGGAGGCAAGGCCAGCGCCUGGGACGGGGCCUGGGGCUUACAACAACACGGCCCUCUUUGAGGAGAGUGGCCUCAUCCGCAUCACUCUUGGUGCCUCCACCGUCUCCUCCGUGAGCAGUGCCCGCUCCGGCCGGACCCAGGACCAAGACAGCCAACGGGGCUGCAGCUACCUCAGGGACAAUGUCCUGGUUCGACAUGGCUCAGCUGCCGACCACACUGACAACAGCCUCCAGGCUCACGCUGGCCCCACUGACCUGGACGUGGCCAUGUUCCAUCGAGAUGCUGGUGGAGGCGCAGACUCCGACUCUGACAGCGACCUGUCCUUGGAGGAGGAGAGAAGCCUGUCCAUCCCAUCCUCAGAAAGUGAGGACAACGGCCAGACACAAGGGCGUUUCCAGCGUCCACUCCGCCGGGCAGCCCAGAGUGAGAGGCUCCUCACCCAUCCCAAAGAUGUGGAUGGCAACGACCUCUUGUCCUACUGGCCAGCCCUGGGGGAAUGCGAGGCUGCUCCCUGUGCUCUGCAGACCUGGGGCUCCGAAAGGCGCCUGGGGCUGGACGCCAGCAAGGAUGCAGCCAAUAACAAUCAGCCUGACCUGGCCCUGACCAGUGGAGAUGAAACCUCCCUGGGCCAGGCCCAGCGCCAGAGGAAAGGCAUCCUGAAAAACCGAUUGCAGUACCCACUGGUGCCACAGACCCGAGGUCUCCCUGAAUUGUCCUGGUGCCGUGCAGCCACCUUGGGCCACUGUGCUGUGCCGGCUGCCUCCUAUGGCCGCAUCUAUGUUGGAGGGGGCACAGGCAGCCUUUCACAGCCAGCCAGCUGCUACUCCUCUCGAGAACAGCUGGACCUGCUCCUCCGGCGGCAACUGAGCCGUGAGCGACUGGAGGAGGCCCCUGCCCCAAUUCUGCAUCCCCUGAGUCGGCCAGGUUCCCAAGAACGCCUGGAUGCUGUGCCAGGCCGCCUGGAGCCCAGGGAUCGGGGCAGCACCCUACCACGGAGGCAGCCACCUAGGGACUACCCGGGUGCCAGGGCUGGCCGCUUCGGAUCUCGAGAUGCGCUGGACUUAGGGGCACCUUGCGAGUGGUUGAGCACGCUGGCCCCGCCCCAUGGUGCCCGGGACCUUGACCCACAGCCCCCACCUCUGCCCCUGUCUUCCCAGCGGCAACUCUCAAGGGACCCCCUCUUGCCAUCCCGGCCCCUGGACUCUCUAUCUAGGAGAUCGAACUCAGGGGAGCGGCUAGACCACGUGCCUAGCCGGCACCCCUCACGAGAAGGUCUUGGGCCACCCCCGCAGCUGCUCAGAGUUAGGGAGGACCCAGCCAGUAGCCCUAGCCAUGGCCCCUCCACAGAGCAGCUGGACAUUCUCUCCUCUAUCCUCGCCUCCUUCAACUCCUCGGCUCUCUCCUCUUCUGUGCAGUCCUCAAGCACACCCUCGGGCCCUCAUACCACUGCCACGCCUUCUGCCACUGCCUCAGUGCUUGGGCCCUCCACACCACGCUCUGCCACAUCCCACAGCAUCUCAGAGCUGUCACCGGACUCAGAACAGAGGGACACACAAGCACUGCUGUCCACAACGCAGGCAAUGGAGCUGAGGAGGCGAGUCUACCAUGUGGAGCGGCCACUGCUGAACCAGGAACAGCUGGAGGAGCUGGGGCGCUGGGGCUCAGCGACUGGGACCCUCCAGUGGCGAACCUGGUUGCAGUGCUCCCAUGCUCGAGCCCGAGCCCUUCUGCUACAAUACCUCCCUGUUUUGGCCUGGCUACCCCGGUAUCCUAUGCGUGACUGGCUCCUGGGUGACCUCUUGUCUGGCCUGAGUGUGGCCAUUAUGCAGCUACCACAGGGCCUGGCCUACGCCCUCCUGGCUGGACUGCCCCCCGUGUUUGGCCUCUACAGUUCCUUCUACCCUGUCUUUAUCUACUUCCUGUUUGGUACUUCCCGGCAUAUCUCCGUGGGCACCUUUGCGAUCAUGUCUGUAAUGGUGGGCAGUGUGACAGAGUCCCUGGCCCCGGAUGAGGACUUCCUGCAGGACUUGAACUCCACGGUCAAUGAGACGGCCAGAGAUGCUGCCCGGGUGCAGCUGGCCUCCGCACUCAGUGUUCUGGUCGGCCUCUUCCAGGUGGGGCUGGGCCUGGUCCACUUCGGCUUCGUGGUCACCUACCUGUCAGAGCCUCUGGUCCGUGGCUAUACCACAGCUGCGUCUGUGCAGGUUUUCAUCUCGCAGCUCAAGUAUGUGUUUGGUCUACAACUGAGCAGCCGCUCUGGGCCACUGUCCGUCAUCUAUACAGUGCUGGAGGUCUGCUGGAAGCUGCCCCAGAGUGUGGUCGGCACCGUGGUCACCGCAGUUGUGGCAGGGGUGGUGCUUGUUUUGGUGAAGCUGUUGAAUGACAAGCUGCAGCGAUAUCUGCCCCUACCGAUCCCCGGGGAACUGCUCACGCUCAUCGGGGCCACAGGCAUCUCCUACGGUGUGGGCCUGAAGCGCAGAUUUGGGGUGGAUGUUGUGGGUGACAUCCCUGCAGGGCUGAUACCCCCAGUGGCCCCCAACCCCCAGCUGUUCGCAAAGCUUGUGGGAAAUGCCUUCGCCAUCGCUGUGGUUGGGUUCGCAAUUGCCAUCUCGCUGGGGAAGAUCUUCGCCCUGAGGCAUGGCUACCGGGUGGACAGCAACCAGGAGCUGGUGGCCCUUGGCCUCAGUAACCUCAUCGGGGGCCUCUUCCAGUGCUUCCCUGUGAGUUGCUCUAUGUCUCGGAGCCUGGUACAGGAGAGCACCGGGGGCAACACACAGGUAGCCGGAGCUGUCUCCUCCCUCUUCAUCCUCAUUAUCAUCGUCAAACUUGGGGAACUCUUCCAAGACCUGCCCAAGGCAGUCCUGGCAGCCGCCAUUAUCGUGAACUUGAAGGGCAUGUUGAGGCAGUUCACCGACAUAUGCUCACUCUGGAAGGCAAAUCGAGUGGAUCUGCUCAUCUGGCUGGUGACCUUCGUGGCCACCAUCCUGCUGAACAUGGACCUUGGCCUGGCAGUUGCGGUGGCCUUCUCCCUGCUGCUCGUGGUGGUCCGCACGCAGCUGCCCCACUACUCUGUCCUGGGGCAGAUGCCUGACACGGACAUUUACAGAGAUGUGGCAGAGUACUCAGAGGCCAGGGAGGUCCCAGGUGUGAAGGUCUUCCGCUCCUCAGCCACCGUGUACUUUGCCAACGCUGAGCUCUACAGUGACGCGCUGAAGCAGAGGUGUGGUGUAGACGUCGACCACCUCAUCUCCCGGAAGAAGAAGCUGCUCAAGAAGCAGGAGCUAAAGCUGAAGCGAUUGCUGAAGGAGGGGAUCCAGACACAGGCUGCCACCUCCAAGGGCUCUUCCGGUUCCACCAAUGCCAACACCAGCAUUAGAGACAUCGAGAGCAACAACUUGGAGGGCUCCAAGGCCAAGCAGGUGAGCGCAGGGAAUGAACUAGAGGAUACAGUGGCCAGCAGUCAAGAAGAUGCUAAGGCCCCAGCCAGGUCCACACUGAAGGCCCUGGGCCUGCCUCAGCCGGAUUUCCACAGCCUUGUCCUGGACCUGGGCGCCCUCUCCUUCGUGGACACUGUGUGCAUCAAGAGCCUGAAGAAUAUUUUCCGUGACUUCCAGGAGAUCGAGGUGGAGGUGUACAUGGCCGCCUGCCACACUCCUGUAGUCGCUCAGCUUGAGGCUGGGCACUUCUUCGAUGCAUCUAUCACUAAGCAGCAUCUGUUUGCCUCUGUCCACGACGCUGUCAUCUUUGCCCUCCAACACCCAAGGUCUGGCCCCGUCAGCCCUGUUUUGGUUACCCAACUCUGACUGUGCUGCUACCUCUGGAGGUUGUGACGGGGCACCCGUGAGAACC